AUGGCUCCCCACGCGUCGGCCCUGCCAAAUAUGGCAGCGGCCGCAUCCAUCGCCGGCAGUUUAGCCACAAGACGAGCAGUCUUUCUCCCCAGCAGUGCCUCCCGAAUCAUCCGAAGCACGACAUCAGAAAGCUUAAUAGCAAACUCGAUAAUACGCACAUACUCGGCACUGCAAAGUCCAAGCCGGUUUAUCCGCAAUGCUCCUCUCGGCGCGUCCACAGGCCGUCACCUCCAGGCCGCCUCCGGGUCAAAUCUACAAUUCCCGCACCAGAGGCUAUUUAUGAGCGGAUUAUCUAGGACUUUGCUUGCGCAACGCGAAGAAACGGCGAACCGGAAUCCCUCCAGUGCCUCUGCUCAGAAUGCCUUCUACCAGACGUUGCUUAAAGCAAACAUGCCUGCAAUCAUUGUGGAGCGCCACCAAUCUGGUCUCUUUGCGAGUAACGAUGCCACGCGCGAGGUGUACAACCGCGCCCGUGCCAUGCUUGAAGGAAGCCAAGGGGCCUCAAACUUGGUGGCCGCCAAUGGAGAGUUUGUCGAGGACGCAAGCAGGCUCAGAGCGGUGGGGCAAGCGGUAGCUGCGAGAUCCAUGGGAGGCAACAUUUCGUCCGCAAGAGACACUGCAAAUGGGCCUAUUAGAGUUGUGGUCGACGAAUCUCGGGGGUCGCAGAUUUUCCGUUGGGUUAAAUUUGUGGCCUACUUCGCGUUCGUUGCCUACGUUUCCAUGGUUGUUUUGGGCAUCGUCUUCGACAUGUUUACGUCAGUCAACAAGAAGAUGUCGUCGCAUAAGCACAUGGAGGUCAAGGCAGACAAGCAAAAGACGCGAUUCAAGGACGUCCACGGCUGUGAAGAGGCCAAGGAGGAACUCCAGGAUCUCGUUGAGUUUCUGAAGAACCCAGACAAGUUCUCGUCCCUGGGUGGCAAACUCCCCAAGGGUGUACUCCUCGUCGGCCCUCCUGGAACUGGUAAAACAUUGCUGGCCAGGGCCGUCGCAGGCGAGGCUGGUGUUCCGUUCUUUUACAUGUCUGGUAGUGAGUUCGAAGAGGUCUUUGUGGGUGUUGGUGCCCGCAGAGUGCGCGACCUUUUCACCGCUGCCAAAAGCGCAUCCCCAGCCAUCGUAUUUAUCGAUGAGCUCGAUGCCAUCGGUGGCAAGCGUAAUGCGAAGGAUCCCAGCUAUGCCAAGCAGACCCUGAACCAGCUUCUAACGGAGCUUGACGGCUUCGAGCAGGACAGCGGUGUUAUUGUUAUUGCUGCUACCAACUUCCCCCGUUCUUUGGAUAAAGCUCUCACGCGUCCCGGCCGCUUCGAUCGCCACGUGCAGGUUGACCUACCCGACAUCAGAGGUCGAAUCGCAAUCCUUAAACAUCACGCGACCAAGAUCAAGGCUGACGACAACAUCGAUUACGAGGCUAUUGCUAGGAGCACUCCUGGCUUGUCUGGCGCCGAGCUUGAGAGCAUUGUCAAUCAGGCAGCCAUCCACGCCAGCAAGACACGGAAGACCAUAGUCUCGACCAAGGAUUUCGAUUGGGCCAAGGACAAGGUCAUCAUGGGCGCCGAGAGGAGGAGCAUGGUCAUCAGCCCGAAGGAGAAGGAAAUGACUGCCUACCAUGAGGCUGGCCAUGCCCUCAUCACUCUGUACACUCAAGACUCGCCCAACAAGCUGUACAAAGUCACGAUUCUCCCCCGCGGCCCUUCCCUUGGUCAUACCGCUUACCUCCCCGAGAUGGACAAGUAUUCCUUCACUGUCAAAGAUUACAAGGCUCAGAUAGAUAGUCUCCUCGGCGGAAAGAUUGCUGAGCAACUUGCCUUUGGUGAUGACAUGGUCACCAGCGGAGUCUCCAACGAUCUCGAACGCGCCACGGACCUUGCAUACAGGAUGGUAUCCCGCUGGGGUAUGUCAGAGAAGCUCGGGCCGAUGGAGUACGGGCGCACGUUUGAGAACCUUAGCAGCUCGACCAAGGCAGUUAUAGAGGCAGAGGUAAAGACGAUACUCGAGGUUGCGCAGGAACGGGGCGCCAAGCUGCUGAAGGACAAGCGCGUCGAACUCGACAGGCUCGCCAAAGCGCUAGUUCAGUAUGAGACAUUGGAUGUGGAAGAGGUCAAGAAGGUCAUUCGUGGCGAGGACUUGGAAGGCCGCACGAAGGUGCCGGAGAACAGCAUCCUGGUGGUUCCAAAACCGGAUUCGGACAAGCCGUUCUCGGGCGGGUCGGGGCCGCCAGCACCUCUGCCGCCAGUCCCGGCGCCGGUUUGA